AUGACUUCACCGACGCAACCGACCUUUCCUUCCUUUACCAUCACCGCGCCCACGGGCACGCCAACCGAUCCUAAUGCGACGCUGCAGGCCAUCAACAACGCGGGUCAUCACUCACCGGGCGCCAUAACCGGCAUCUCCAUCUGCGUUCUUAUCUGCCUCGCGUGGAUCCUCAGAUACUCGUACCUCGCGUCACCUUUCUGGCUUGGCCACUUGCGGCGCUGGUUUGGAAUCCGACCUUCUUCUCGAACGCCCAUCUCCCACUUUCCGCUUGCACCUAGCCGUGAUGGUCCCGACACCGACACCGACAAUGAAAAUCCAACAACUCCUUAUAUCGCGCGACCCGAGCCGGCGUACAUCCGCACCGCUUCCAAGGACACCUUACCUCUCUACGAGCCGGCGAACCGGUUCAGCAACGACGUGCUGGAGGCGUUGUUGGACCUGGGGCCUGUAGCUGGGGCUGCACGACCGCCGUCGUACCGGUCGAAGUUGUCGCAGGAAUGGAGAAAUGCCAUGGGGACGAGAGCUCGGAAUCGUCACGACGACGGGGCGGCAGACGCAGACGAGGAGUCUGGGAGGAGUGUUUCGGAGAGAAGCGGCUAA